AUGACUAGUUUUGAUUCUUACGCUACGAAGUUAUCUUCUAAUGGUGCUUGUCCUCAUUGUCAUCAAUCCAUGAAAAAGAAAACAACUUCGACUGAUGGUUUUCAAACUACUUUAGACAAGUUAUUUCCUAAUGCAUACGGACUUGAAGAAUUUGUCUUCGAAACAAAACAAACAUUAGUCCCGAAAGGCUUCUAUCCUCAUGUGAACACUUUGGUUUGUGUUGGUUUAUGUCGUGACGAGAUAACAAGUCCUUUCGAAGAGGAAAUCGAAGAUAUGUGGGGUCAAGCAUUCAUUUGUGGUUCUCUUGGUGGUAUGUUAUUUUGUGGUGA